AUGUUUUUCAUUACAAUAUUAUUAAUUCAAUUGAACAUUGGUGUAUUCAGUCAAAGUAUAUUUGAUCCUUCAACAUUUAAACAAUCUGAAUGUUCAGACAAUAAUCAAUGGACAGUUUGGUUUGAUACAUAUGAUCCAAGUAUAACACAAGGUGAAUUUGAAAUUACUAAUAAUAUUCAACAAAAAUUUCCCUUAUACAUGUGUCCCUCACCAAUUGCUAUUGAAGGUCAAACUUUAAAAGGUGAAAAUCCAACUCAAACUAGUGAUAUAUUUCGUAUCACUAUCAAAGAUGGGUUUUUAUGUUUAAAUCAACAAGUAAAUGGUUUUAAGGACAAAUUAUGCAAUGAUUAUAAAGUACGUUAUUGUUGUCCGAAAGCAGCUAUUGGACAAACAUUAGCAACAACAUCACCAUCAAUACCAACAGCUAACAAUUGUGGUCGUCAAUCAAUUACUCCAUCAACUCAACGUAUUGUUGGGGGUGUUGAAGCAAUUCCACAUUCAUGGCCAUGGAUUGUUUCUUUACAAUUACGUGAUCAUUUUUGUGGUGGUGCUUUGAUUGAUACACGUCAUGUGCUCACAGCUGCUCAUUGUUUGACGUCAGUUAGUAGCAGUCAAAUUCGAAUCAUUGCUGGUUUACAUGAACGAACAAAUCUAAAUACAGGACGUACACAAAAUAUUGGUGUAUCACGUAUAUUUACACAUGAACAAUAUAGUACAGUUAAUCAAGCUCAUGAUAUUGCUAUUCUUCGUUUAUCUCAACCAGUUCAAUUAAAUGAAUAUGUUCGUUUAAUUUGUUUACCUGGAGCCGAUCCACAAGAAUCGGCAACAGUAACUGUAGCUGGAUGGGGAACAGUAAAUAAAAAUAGUGUAUUAGCAACUCAUCUUCGACAAGUUUCAAUUAAAGUUACAAAUGCUCAAGCAAGUACAGCAUAUUCAAAUUAUUUUAAUGUUCAACGACAAAUUGGUGCAGGUAUACCAAAUUUAGGUGGUAAAGAUAGUUGUCAAGGUGAUAGUGGUGGUCCUUUGAUGUAUAAUAAUAAUGGACAAUGGUAUUUAUCAGGUGUAGUUAGUUUUGGUACUGACUGUGCUCUUCCAAAUUAUCCAGGUGUUUAUACACGUACAAGUGCUUAUUUGAGUUGGAUUCAAAGUAAAAUCAAUUCGAAUUAA